AUGGGCAACUCCUCCUGCGUAGAUCGCCUCGCUGAGUGCCCGGGCUCCCACCGCGAGACCCCGCCCUUCCUCCCCCCGAACCAUGCAGAAGCUGCGUACGAGUUCCACUUUACAGAAAACACGCCGCUGUGGGCAGGAGCCACGCAGGCACUUCAACCGAACUUGGGCUAUCCGCUGCCGGGGGCCGGGCAGCCAUCCAGGUGCGAGCUGAUCCGCGAAGGUGGCGACGUCCCGAGCUUGAAGAUUUGCUUCAGUGGCCGCAUCUUCGUCCGCUGCGGUGAGGAACUCUUCUCAGCCGAGGAUGGUCCAAGCCGCUGCACGGCCUUUCGACUCUGCACGCGCGCUGUGGAGAUGGAGGACACUGUGUGUGGCGUGAACUUCUCGCUCCAACUGCACAGCUCACCUCCUGGGAUUUUCUUAUGCCCAUGCAUAUCGCUGCAGCUGUCGACUGGCGAGGUCGGCCUUGUCGGCGAUCGUUUCGGACCCAUUCAGCAUCCGCAAGACUUCCUUCUGGACUUUUCCACCCUGGACAUAGGCGGCCAAGACGUGCAGAUGGAUGUCAUCCUCCGUGGAAUCACGGUGGAUGCCAUGCCCAGCUCUGAGGUCGCGGUCUCCCGGCGAGGGGCAUGGACACUCCGCACCCGAUUGCAAGAUUUUACCACCUUCAACAACUUCCUGCGACCACACCGCGCCUACCUGGGAGCCUCGGAGCUUUGGGGCGAGGGCUCUGCCGCCUACCUCCAGCACUUGGUGGUCAGCGAGGAGCCCAUGCAUGUCGCGCACCCGCCUGUCUCACUCAAAUGGUGGGCGCAGCUUGACGAGGGAGCAGACUGGGGUCGACUGCUCUUUGAGGGCAUCGAUGCCCGCAGUCGACUUGAUGAGGCCAGUUUCGGCAGCGAGCCACUCUCGGCCUCAAAAGCCUCGGAUUUUUGGCAUCACAAGGUCUACGACAUGGCGGUUGGUCGUGUGUCGCCCAGGAAAGACCCAGAGAAGCUGUCAGGUGAGUUCUGGCUCUCCAAGCAGGCCAUGAAAGUCGAGCCCAUCUACCUGCACUACCAGGGGACACUUGCUCAAGCGCUGGAAAGCUGUGUCAUCCUCCGCUUCAGCUGUGCCCAAGACGUCCUCCAGUCGCUGCAGCUGGGCAGGGCCCGCGCAGCCGCGCCCAUCCCCAGCAGAGGCGUCGUCUUCGGGAUCGAGCAGGACCCUCGGCACGCCCGCCUGGUGCGCAUGUUCAUCGAAUAUCGCAACGAGAUCGUGGCUGACAUGGUGCUGUGCGAGGUUUUCGAGGAGCGGGACGAG